AUGGAGAGUAAGAACACCAGUGAGGGAUCUACAGAUAUGAGUGCAUCUGGCCAAACAAGUAUACUGAACCGCCAACGUAUAAUAUCGGACCCAGACAUCAAAUCGUUACGAGAUAGAAAGCCUCCAGAGAAGAAACUAGCAAUAGUGGAACCACUAAAGGGUGAACAAGUUUUAAGCUCACCUGUUACGUUACCAGAUGGGGAAAGCUGUGCUAGAGACCCCACUAGCGGCAAAUGUAUAUCAUUUGCCACACCUAAACCUGAAAAUACACCACAUCAUAGAUUAUCGAUAAGUUGCAUACCGAACAAGACACGCCCUAAAGUAACCGAUCCAACAAUGGCUAAGGAAGGUGCAUCAAAGGACCAACAGCAACAGAAUGAGGGCGACGAUGGCGUAGAAGAGAAGAACUGCACUGUUGAUAUGCCUGGUAACUUUGUAUAUUUACCAAGUAGUUCGGAUGAUAAACAGGAUGCAGACGAAGGGAAAGAGAUUAAAAAGACUAUAACGAAUGAGACCCCUAUUAUAUUACCUGAAGAUAAUGGGCCAGAAUGUAAGAAAAUAGUAUUUAAAAAACAAGCAAAUGCAGUGGAACCUGAGGUUCCAUUUACUGCUUUUUUCGCAAAGGAGGAUGACAAGAAAUUCCAUAUAUUAAUUGGUGCUACAGGUUCUGUAGCUACUAUCAAAAUUCCAUUAAUUAUAGAUAAAUUAUUCAAGAUAUACAGUCCCGAAAAAGUGUGCAUCCAAUUAAUAGUGACAAAACCUGCAGAACACUUCCUUAAUGGACUCAAAAUAUCUUCCAAGGUCAAAAUAUGGAGGGAAGAAGAUGCCAUUGCCGAUACUAAUAAUGAUAUGAUGUUAUUCCAUGAAUUACGUCGUUGGGCUGAUAUUCUGUUGAUUGCCCCUUUAUCUGCUAAUAGUUUAGCUAAACUAGCUAAUGGUAUUUGUAACAAUUUGCUAACGAGUGUCUUUAGAGAUUGGCCUGUCUCGGGGGCCCCCGUCCUUGUGGCCCCUGCAAUGAAUACAUUCAUGUAUGUGAAUCCAAUGACUAAGAGACAUUACAUGGCCUUGGAGGAAAACUUCCCCUUUGUAGAAAUAUUGAAACCUGUAGAGAAAGUGUUGAUCUGUGGUGAUAUUGGAAUGGGUGGUAUGAGAGAAUGGUCUGAUAUUGUGGAGAUUGUUAGACAACGGAUCAAAGAGAUCAUCAUAAGGCGAAAAUCAGAAGCAGAAAACGCAGAAGAAAUAGACACCAUCGAUGUGGACACCGAAGAUGAUGUGGAAGACGACGACGACGACGACGACGACGACGACGACGAUGACGAUGAUGAUGAUAAUGACAAUAAUGAUAUUGAUGAUAGCGAAACUGAUGAUGGCGACGACGACGAUGACGACGACGAUGACGACGGCGACGACGGCGACGAAUCGAGCAUCUUAGAUUCGGACACAAACUCAGACCGGAUGACUGCAGAGACUGCGCACUCCAAAAUUAGCUAUCACAAGCAGUAG